AUGAAUAAUAAUAAUAACAAUACUAUCGAGGCCCCACAACUACCUAUCCCAGGAGAAUCAAAUAAUAACAAUGCUAUCCCAAUAAUACCAGAGGGACAGCAAAUAAUGCAGCAACAGGGGCCCAAAGUGGGCAUGGAUCUUUAUUUCGAUCAAACUAUGGAUUACAUGGGGAAACAUCCUGUCUUAACAGGCAUAGCUGCAUUCUUAACAUUAUACGCUACAGCAGGUGCAUAUAAAUCUAUAUCAACAAAAUUAAACGGUGGGAAAAGCGCUUCUUCCACUUUCUUGAAGGGCGGAUUUGAUCGAAAGAUGAACCAAAAGGAAGCUUUACAAAUCUUGAAUCUAAAUGAAAAUUCAUUGAAUAAGAAAAAAUUGAAAGAAGUUCAUAGAAGAAUUAUGUUGGCUAAUCAUCCAGAUAAAGGUGGAUCUCCUUACCUUGCAACAAAGAUUAAUGAAGCCAAAGAUUUCUUAGAAAAGAAAGGUCUCAAGAAAUAA